CUCUUGACCCGAUGACUUUGUUGUGACUUUUUUUUCUUCUUUUGAUCAUUCAGCCUCGACUCAGAUGCCUUCAUGACUGGAGGUGUCGCUUGUCAGCUGAAAUUGUUUGAUUUCUAAGGGCCUGUUCUUGAUUCUGUUUGUGUACUGCUUUUUGGCGUUGGGAUGUUUUGGAGAAGAGGUUUGUUUUGUAGCGGAUAUUUCAAAAGACUAGUUUUUAUAUGUAUUUUUGUUUCAUUGUAGAAAGAAGGAGAUUGGUUUUCUGAAACCUGUUGGAUUUGGGGUUGCAUGUUCUUAGUAGGUGAUUGUGGUGGGUGUAUUUUAGUCUUAUGGUGUUUGUUCUUUGGGAAUCAUUGAUUACUUGGAUUCUUGUUCUUUUCUUGUCAGAAGGAGAUUAUUUUUCUGAGACCCGUUGGGUUUAGGGGUGCAUGCUAUUAGGUUGUGGGUUCUUGGAUGAGAGGUGAUGUGGUUGGUAUUUUUUGGUCUUCUGAUGGUGUUUGUUCAUUUGGAGUAGUUGACUUGAUUUCUUGUUCUUCUCUUGUUAGAUGAAGACUAUUCCUUCUGAAACCUGAAACCUGUUGGGUUUGAGAGUGCAUGCAAUUUGGUUGUUCCUGCUUGGACGAGAGGUGAUGUGGUGCUCCCAUCUCUCUUUCAGCACAUCGAUAGCGAUUAUUGUUAUUAGUGAAUGUUAGCUAGGUCUUAUAACUAGAAAGAGAUUUUACUUGCUCCAGACUUGGUUAUCUAUGGAAUUGAGAUAUGCAUCUUGAUGCAAAUUCAUCUGAAAUGCAAGACAUUGGCAUUAAAAGUUCACAGAAUAGUUCACUCUAUUCAACAUCUACCUGUGAGUUCGAUCCUACUUGUUGGAAUUCUAGUAGUGCAAUUACUCCACAGUCUUCUUGUUCCAAGAACUUGAAUAUGAACAUGGGUUUCUUGGCAAAAGAUGGCAACCAAGUAAAGCAAUUAAGCCAUCCAAUAUCUGACCAUGAUUCAUCAACUCAGUCCACUGGUCAAUCCCGUCAAGAAGCAUCAGGAACAAGUGAAGACAAUGUUCAUGAGCAACAUAUUUCAGUAAACUCUGGUGUUGGUAAUACAUACAAGAAUUUGGUUGAUGGUCAUAUGAAGCCCAUUUUAUCUCUGGGAACUUCAGAAACUGCAUUUUCAUUUCCAAAACUGGAUUAUAGCCAGUCUUUUGCUCAUGUGCCUUACCCUUGUGCUGACCCAUACUUUGGUGGUAUCCUUGCGUUGUGCCGACCACAUGCUAUGAUUCAUCCACAAAUGGUGGGAAUAGCGUCCUCUGGUAGAGUUCCACUGCCUCUUCAACCUUCUGCAGAAGAGCCACUUUAUGUCAAUGCGAAACAAUAUAAUGCAAUACUUCGAAGGAGGCAACUGCGAGCAAAGUUGGAGGCUCAAAAUAAACUCAUAAAGGCUAGAAAGCCGUAUCUUCAUGAGUCUCGCCACCUUCAUGCAAUGAAGAGGGCAAGAGGAUCUGGCGGACGGUUCCUCAACACAAAGCAGCUCCAGCAGCAGAAGCAGACCCAGACUUCGGCAAUAUCAGGUUGCCAGGAUCACUCUGGCUCAAAGCUCUACUCAGGAAGCGGCUCGAUUGGUUCAUCUGCCCCUUCGAUCAACUCCAACAUCAGAACUGCUUCUACGAACGGAAGAAUGUUAACACAGCAGGAUCACUUGAGCUUUCCAUUUCCCGAUUUCCAUUCAAACGUCGGAGUGGGCACACAAGGCGGACAUACCAUGAUGGGCGGUGUGGUUCAGAGCUUCAAGUCUUAGCGAUGAGAUAAAACUUGGGGCAUGAACUGGCAAUUCAUCAUGGUGGUUCCCUGGCAAUUCAUCCUUGGCUUUUGGUAUCUCAUCUCAUUCGAUACGGAAUCGAACUUUAGUAGGAGUGUAUAAGAUCUUUGUUUAAAUUGCAUGAGUGGAAGAGAUAACGGUGUGCAUCAGAUCAUGUUCUCAGCUGCUCAAACAAAUGCAUGGAUCCUACCCUCGUUGUAACUUUAUGGAGUGUUGACAGGUUAUUGGAAAUCUUGUUCUUAUCUUGACAGUUGAAAACA